CUCCAGCAGACUGUGCGGGAGAAGAUAGAGAGGAGAAGAAAGAGGAGAAGAGACUACACAGAUAAGACAGAAAAAGAGAAGCGAGGGAGUCACAGGCCAUGUUCAAGUGAGGAGAGAAAAGAGAAGAUAUGAGACUCGAGGAGAAGAGGACAGAAUGUGCACAGUCACCAAACAGAAAAGCUGAGGCAGCAGUCCAAUGGCACAAAUAUGACACCGAGUUAAUUACCUGGUGGAGAUGUAGCAAACACUCCUGACACAUUCAGAGGAAGGGACAACAUUAACUGCUGCUGACUCUGGGAUAAGGAAGAGGAAAAAGUGGACACAUGUUGGCUGUUUUUGUUGUUGUUUUUGGGUUUUUUUUAAUUAUCCUCAAAAAAAUGAGGAUGACUAAAUGACUAAGGGAAUCCACUGACGGGGCUCAGCACAAAGGUCCAUCUUAGGAAGCAAGUGGAUAAACUUCCAGACUUGAAGGCCUCUGAGGCCCAACCAGGAUGCCAGAACGAGUGUAUGACUUCCAGGGCCAGAGUUUUCACAAGCUGCGGCGGGCCUGCCUCCGUCGAGGAGCGCUCUUCAAGGAUCCUCUAUUCCCCGCCACAGACCAGUCCCUCUUUUACAAGAGACAGCCUCCACCGGGUCUGACCUGGAAGAGGCCGAGGGAGAUUUGUAAGGACCCCCGUCUGUUUGUCGAUGGCAUCAGCACUCGUGAUUUGCACCAAGGAAGUCUGGGUAACUGCUGGAUGGUGGCAGCCAUUUCCUGCCUGGCGUCUGAGCCAUCACUGUGGAAAAAGGUCAUCCCCGAUCAUUUGAAUCAGGAGUGGAAUCCAAAGCGUCCCGACUUGUAUGCAGGAAUUUUCCAUUUCAGGUUCUGGCGUCUCGGUCGCUGGAUGGAUGUUGUUGUAGAUGAUCGCCUGCCUGUCAGUGAGGAUGGAGUGCUGCUCUUCUGUCGUUCGGCAACACCACGAGAGUUCUGGAGCGCCCUGCUGGAAAAGGCCUACGCCAAACUUAACGGCUGCUACGAGGCCUUGGAGGGAGGGAACACUGCAGAGGCCCUGAUCGACUUCACUGGUGGAGUUUCAGAGCCGCUCAGUCUGGAUCGUGAGGCUCUAAGACUUCACAGUGACCAGAGGAGGGCGCUCUUCCAGACUUUAACCAAGGUCCAUGAAUGUAAAUCACUCAUCACUUGCUCCAUACGGCCUGCAGAGGGGGAGACCGUGGAGUCAGUGCUGGAGUGUGGGCUCGUGCGAGGACACGCCUACGGGAUCACGGCAGUGAGGAAGGUGAGGUUGGGGGAGAAGGUACUGAAGAGAGGCGGGACAUCCAGACUCUUUAUGGUCCGCAUGAGGAACCCGUGGGGGACCACAGAUUGGACCGGUGCCUGGAGUCAGAGGUCAGAGCAGUGGCAGCAACUGAGUCGUGCAGAGAGGGACAAGAUGGGGCUCGUUGUUCGUGAUGUCGGGGAGUUUUGGAUGGAUUUCGAGGACUUCUGUCAACACUUUACAGACGUGGUGGUGUGCAGACUGGUGGAGAGGACUCUGCUGUGGCCGAGAUCUCGCUGGAGAGAAGUGAGCUGCUACGGGGAGUGGGUUCUACCUCCCCCCACCCAUGGAGCACCUCCACCCACUGUGCUCCAGAGUAACCCUACACUGACUCUGAGUAAGAGCAGCAAUGGGCCUGGAGGGACCAAGCAGCGUGGGAACAGAAAGGAGGAUCGACUCGGUGAGAGUCAACAGGAAGGAAGGAAAAGAGGAAGAAGCAAGCCUGAUGUGAGCAAAGUGACAGCAGAAAAGGGUGGUGGGAAGGUGAAUGGAGUAUGGAAGGUGGAGUUGGAUAAGAGGAGCCGGUGUGGUGGAUGUAUCAAUCACAGGGACACCUUCCUGCACAAUCCACAGUUCAUGUUUGAGGUGCGAGCCAAAGAGGAGGAGGUGCUGAUCUGUCUGCAGCAGGAGGACAGGAGGAUGUGGAGGAAAAAUGGAAAAGGAGAAAACCUGCCUAUUGGCUUUGAGGUGUUGAAGGUGGAGGUGAACCGCUGCAGUCGGGUGCAGUGCGUGGUGGAGCAGGCGGCCAGCUCCAUCUACAUGGAUUCCCGGAGUGUGACACUGAGGGGAACUCUGACUCUGGGACGUUAUGUUGUGCUGCCCACCACCUUCCUGCCGGGCGUCACUGGAUGCUUCCUGCUUCGCCUCUUCGCCCACUCUCGUAUCAGACUCAGGGAACUGAGGGAGGACUUACCGUCUCCCUCUGUGCUCCACUGUUUUCUACCUCAGCCCACAGUGGUAACCACAGUUUAUCUACACAGGGGGUCAGGACUCAACCCUCCCAAACAAACAGCCCCCGAUGUUUACGCUGUAGUGAGAUGUGAGAAUGACAACGUCAGGACGCGGGUGUUCAAGGAGAGCAGAAACCCUGAAUUCAACCUGAGAACCAUCUUCUACAGGAGAUACCCCAACACAGACAUCUCUGUUGAGAUAUACAGCAGAGGUCUGCUGUGGGACUCGCUUCUCGGUGAGACUCGACUCCAGACGGCCGAGUCUGAGAGGAGUCGAAGCCUCGUGAUGAAUCUGCGAGGCAGACGGUCUCGUUCAGGGCUCAGAGGUUGCGUCUAUCUUGAGACGUCUUCCAGCGUGUGCCUCACAGACUUGUGACAGUCUGGCUGCCCUGGCAAACACUGCCCUCUCAGGUAGAAGCUGAUGAGCAAAUAAAGGUGCUGUAGGUUUUUGGGGUUUUUGACCUGUUGUAUUUUAAACCACAGUGAGCUGCUUGGUCUCUUGCACUUUGCUGUGGGACUUUAAUAAUUAGGUUAUUAAUGUACUGACAGAUGCUCUGUGGUGAUCUACUGCUCAGUUAUGCAGGCACAAACACAGCAGUUCAACAAGAACAGUGGGACUGCUGCCAAAACCAGUUUGUGUUAUUUUAAAAUAUGCAUUGUUAUGUGUUGUAUUUUUAUUGAUUUGUUAUUUAUUUUUUGUUUUAUUCAUUAAAAUGGUGAUGUUUGGCUCACAUUUGCAUUUCUCAUAAUUAAACUAUAAACACUGUGUAAGCCUGUUUUAUUUUAUCAUCACUCAGCAGACCUACUUGCCUUAAGUCAUUGAAAUGUCAGUCAGCUAAGAGCCAUAAUCUCUCCAGCAUGUCCUGUCUCUUUGCCGGCAUCUCCUUGUAGUUCUUUGCAUCUUCUUUUUAAAGAAUAAACCUAUAAAAUUUAAAUCAAAGUUUUAACAGCACUGCGCUCCUUUCUUUGUCAGUACAUAGUACAGGAUGAGUGCGUGUAAUUAAAUAAAUGGUGACAUCACUGGGAGCCAUAAGGGUGAGUCAUUUUUAACAGCACUUUUUUCUCAUUGGACUCAAGUCUGUCUUGUAGCAUUUGUCACAGUUCUGGGUCAUUUGGACCCAGCAUUUUGAGUUUCUUGUAUUUUGGUAUUGUUUUCCUGUGCUUUCCUCCUGUCUCCACUUCCCAAAUCACUCCGCUGUGUAUUUUAGUCCUUUGUCAUUCAUUGCUUGCUAUCGCGUCAUACACAAUGUCUCCAUGCUGUGUUCUCCCUUUGUGUCCUGAGCAUUGCCUGGCUCGAGUUUCUUAGUUUCUAGGGUCC